CCACGACUACCCGUCAGUUCUCCCUUUUCCAUUUCUUCGCACCCAGACGACAUAUAUGCGACCAUGAGGACCCCAAGUCCAAGAACAGUCCUCGUUCUCUCCCUCACCCUCCUUAUUUUCUUCAUGCCCCUUUCACACCCUUGGCUCUUGAACUUCUGGUCGAUCCCAUCCGUCCUGGACUGUCUCACCGAUAUGCCACAAAAGGCUGCCCUUCUGUCCAACUCAUCCUGCUCCCCUAAGAUCCCGUCCGGUCACUGCUGUUCACUGCUGAUAGAGACGGAGCCGUGCAAACAAGAAUGCAGGAAGAAAUAUGUAAAUAGGGUGACGAUGGCUGAGUCGAAGGAGUUUGCAGAGUGCACGGAUGUUUGCUUGAAGACGUAUCGAAAAGAGUGCGAAGUGCAAGUGGGCAAGUGAACGAGGGACAAGACUGC